AUGGGUGAAGAGAGAAAGCGCAGAAGGCGUAAAAAAGGUCCUGGUAGAAUCGAAUCACUCGUUAGGAACUUUUUGGCGUUUUUCGGCUUUUGCUUCAUUGUCUUCAACCUGUUCCUGGUUUCGAAGAUCAAACCGAGCAGUCUUGACGAUGGAAAAGCGAUCCCGCACAAAGAGAAGAGGACUCCCCGUGCUUUCAACUUUGAGGUAGACAUCGACUUUCACGACAAAAGCGCACCGCGAGUGCUCAAAUCAACUACGUCUUCGACGAGCACGACAAGCACCACAUUAUCUUCGGAGACUUCGAGCAAAGAAAGUGAACCCGAGAGUGAAGAGAAGAAGGCGGAAGUAAUUCCAGGAAACCCGCUGCUUGCUCAAUUGCAAAAGAAAGAGGGGGUAGUCCAAACUGCACAACUGAUCGAUCGAGUUCGAUACCUGAUCGCCGAGAACCCAGAUGAGUCCAUUCCAAAGCGUUACGCGGACAACACUACCGUCCCAGAUUUGGAGUUCAUGAUCACUCCAGAGGUCGACUGCGUGCGGAAAGACCUCGUCAUCUUCGUAAAGUCUCGCGUUGAGAGCUCUGGCCUGCGAGAGAUAAUUCGAAAUACAUGGGCUCACACGCAUGCCAUCGAAAAAUGGUCUAUUGCCACAAUCUUUCUCGUCGGAAAGUCGGACUCGAAGUACUUGAACAAGAAUUUGCAAAACGAGGGGCGAGACAAACAAGACCUGCUAGUCGGCGACUAUCUUGAUGCGUAUCAGAAUCUAACCUCAAAAUCAAUUAGUGGACUGCAAUGGUUUGCCAACGAAUGCACGGACUCACGAAAUUAUCUUUCAGUCGACGACGACGUUUUUCCGGAUUUACCUUUGAUACUGGGCUUUCUCAAUAAGGCCGAGAACUCGCAAGUUGAACUGGCUUGUUUGUACAACUACGUACAGCACGCAAGAGUCACGCGCAAAGGGAAAUGGCAAACAUCGUGGGAAUCGUACGGAAAAGAAUUUUAUCCAGUGUACUGCGAGGGCGCCUGUUUCAGUAUGCCACGAUGGGCAGCGGUGAAACUCUUCAAAAACGCACAAGUUACUUAUCGCGAUGCUCCUGUUGAUGAUGCAUAUUUGACAGGGGUGCUACGCGAGAAAGCUGGACUGAUCCCGAAACAAGUGCAGAACAAGCGGAUGUGCAAGCAUUUAGUCAACGACGAUGAAAUAAUUCAAAAACUUCGCGCAGAGUGGGCCCAACACCAGCCAUAA